CAGAAAAAGGUAAAGAGUAAAGAAAAGCUCAUCAAGGGUACAAGUCUAGAAGGCAUAUAGUACAACCCAUGUAAGCUCAAAUAAAAGAUAACAGCAACUUUGGAGGAACAGUUUGUUGGUGUGACACAAAAAUUUGGCAAAAUGGUGAAGUUCACAGCUGAAGAGCUUCGUCGGAUAAUGGAUCGCAAGCACAACAUCCGUAACAUGUCUGUAAUCGCUCACGUUGAUCACGGUAAAUCUACGUUGACUGAUUCUCUGGUCGCGGCUGCCGGUAUCAUUGCGCAAGAAGUCGCUGGAGACGUGCGAAUGACGGACACGCGAUCCGACGAAGCAGAGCGUGGAAUUACCAUAAAGUCCACAGGAAUCUCCCUAUACUACGAAAUGUCAGAUGAAGCCCUCAAAAGCUUCAAAGGAGAACGCAACGGAAACGAAUACCUCAUCAACUUAAUCGACUCGCCUGGCCACGUGGACUUCUCGUCUGAAGUAACCGCUGCCUUACGUAUCACUGACGGUGCAUUAGUAGUCGUUGAUUGCAUCGAAGGCGUGUGUGUGCAAACGGAAACCGUCCUCCGACAAGCCCUUGGUGAAAGAAUCCGGCCGGUUCUAACCGUCAACAAAAUGGACCGGUGUUUCCUUGAACUCCAGGUGGACGGCGAAGAAGCAUACCAAACGUUUCAACGAGUUAUCGAAAACGCUAACGUCAUCAUGUCGACAUACGAAGACCCCCUUCUCGGUGACGUCAUGGUACACCCGGAAAAAGGAACCGUUGCGUUUUCAGCCGGUUUACACGGUUGGGCUUUUACACUAACCGGUUUAGCAAAAAUGUACGCAUCUAGAUACGGUGUUGACGAGUCAAAGUUACUAGAAAGGCUAUGGGGAGAGAAUUAUUACGACUCCAUAACAAAAAAAUGGACCAAGAAGAAUACGGGUUCGGGUACUUGUAAACGGGGCUUUGUCCAGUUUUGUUAUGACCCGAUUAAGGAAGUUAUAAACAUGUGUAUGAAUACUAUGAAUGACCAAAAGGAUAUAUUAUGGUCCAAGUUGGUUAAACUUGGUGUUGGUAUUAAAUCUGAUGAGAAAGAGUUAAUGGGUAAGGCUUUGAUGAAGCGUGUGAUGCAAAGCUGGUUACCGGCUGCGACCGCGUUACUCGAAAUGAUGAUUUUUCAUCUUCCGUCGCCUCAUACGGCUCAACGUUAUCGGGUCGAGAAUUUGUAUGAGGGCCCGUUGGAUGAUGCGUACGCGAAUGCGAUAAGGAGUUGUGACCCUGAUGGCCCGCUUAUGCUUUAUGUGUCGAAGAUGAUUCCGGCUUCUGAUAAGGGUCGGUUUUUUGCUUUCGGACGGGUGUUUGCUGGGCGGGUUGCGACGGGUAUGAAGGUUAGGAUUAUGGGCCCGAAUUAUGUACCGGGUGAGAAAAAGGAUCUUUAUGUUAAGGGUGUUCAGAGGACUGUGAUUUGGAUGGGUAAGAAGCAAGAAACGGUUGAGGAUGUUCCGUGUGGGAAUACGGUCGCUCUUGUCGGGUUAGACCAGUUUAUUACGAAAAACGCGACGUUGACUAACGAAAAGGAAGUUGGCGCGCACCCGAUUCGCGCUAUGAAGUUUUCGGUGUCACCGGUGGUGCGCGUGGCGGUUCAAUGUAAGGUCGCGUCGGACCUACCGAAGCUAGUCGAAGGUUUAAAACGGCUAGCGAAGUCCGACCCGAUGGUGGUUUGUACAAUCGAGGAGUCGGGUGAACACAUCAUCGCGGGUGCGGGUGAGCUUCAUCUCGAAAUUUGUUUAAAAGAUCUUCAAGAAGAUUUCAUGGGUGGGGCCGAGAUCGUGGUUGCGGACCCCGUGGUGUCGUUCCGUGAAACGGUCCUCGAGAAAUCGUGUCGAACUGUUAUGAGCAAAUCGCCUAACAAACAUAACCGUUUGUACAUGGAAGCUAGACCUUUAGAGGAAGGUUUAGCCGAGGCGAUUGAUGAGGGGCGGAUCGGGCCACGAGAUGACCCGAAGGCCCGUUCGAAAAUCUUGUCAGAGGAAUUCAAAUGGGACAAAGAUUUAGCUAAAAAGAUAUGGUGUUUCGGCCCGGAAACCACCGGGCCCAACAUGGUUGUCGACAUGUGUAAGGGGGUUCAAUACUUAAACGAAAUCAAAGAUUCGGUUGUAGCGGGGUUCCAAUGGGCAUCAAAAGAAGGUGCAUUAGCCGACGAAAACAUGAGAGCGAUUUGUUUCGAAGUAUGUGACGUCGUACUUCAUGCUGACGCGAUCCAUCGAGGUGGCGGUCAGGUUAUCCCGACCGCAAGGAGAGUCAUAUACGCCGCCCAACUAACCGCCAAACCCCGCUUGCUCGAACCAAUCUACCUCGUUGAGAUACAAGCACCGGAACAAGCCCUAGGUGGGAUCUACAGUGUGUUGAACCAAAGGCGUGGGCACGUGUUUGAAGAAAUGCAAAGGCCCGGUACACCAUUGUACAACAUUAAGGCUUACUUGCCCGUUGUCGAGUCAUUUGGGUUUUCGGGUGCAUUGAGGGCGGCUACUUCAGGUCAAGCCUUCCCGCAAUCGGUGUUUGACCAUUGGGAAAUGAUGUCUUCUGACCCGUUGGAACCGGGGUCGCAAGCUAGCGCACUUGUGGCUAGUAUUCGCAAGAGAAAAGGGUUAAAGGAGCAGCUCACUCCCCUCUCUGAAUUUGAGGACAAGCUGUAAGUUGGUGGUUAAGAAAAGAGGUUAAUAAAUAAGAUAAGAUUAUUUGUGUGAGUAUUAUAAGUUAGUAUCUUUAAUAGUUAAAAGUUAUCUGUUAAUGUUAUGACUAUAUAGGGUCAUGAUGUCUUAUUUUCUGUAAUGUGUGUUUAAUUUAAUAUGUCGAGUUUGUGUUAAA